ACAGAUGUCAUACACUGUCUUCCUCAAAUCAGGUCUGGAGACUAAAAUGAUCAUGAAAAAACAGAUAAAAUAGAUAACUGGUAAAAUAUGGCUAUAGUUUUCAUUUUUUGCAUUCAAAAGCCAUGGGGGAUGCAAACUUUUUACACUCAACUGUACAACAACAACAACAACAACAACAACAACAACAACAACAACAGCCUCCUACUGCACAUAGAAAUGCAACAACUGGAUUUUAGGCCUCUGUAUAGUAAGAUGUGACCCCUUAUUCUGUCCUUUGAACUGAAUUGGUCUAAAUUAACUACAGGGUAUCUCAAAAGUCUCCAUACAUAGGGGAAAUUAACACUUUUUUUUUAGCAAAAUUGUAUUUCAAAAUGUUUAUAUUAGAUUUUCAGAUAACCUUUAAGAAUGCCUUUGACAAAAGAAGAACGUAUUGAAAUCAUUCUCAUGGCUGGAUCGGGAAGCUGUCGCAAGGUUGCAAUGAACUUUGACAGGAAACAUCACAGGCGAGCACGUCACACGUGACACUGUUGCCAAACUUAUUAACACAUUCAAAAAGACUGGAAGUGUUGAGGACCGACCGAGAAGUGGACGUCCACGAACAUCCACUGACGAAGGCACAACCGACGUGGUCCUGGCAAAUAUAGUCUCCUAUGUAUGGAGACUUUUAGGACACCUUGUAUUUGAUCAAAUCUAUUGAUUAUAAGGGCUAUAUUAUCAAUCACUGUCAACUAAAAUUACUUUAGACUGCUGUCUGUCAUAAUAUUAUGGGAUUGGUGUUAAAAGACAUAUUGUUACGUACAGUAUAUUAUAAUGAAUUCAUACUUGUAAGCAGUUUUUUUUUUUUGCAGGAUUUUCAUCACUUUGAAAUUAUUUAAAGGACAAAGUUGUGAAAUUUCACUACUUCAUAAGUGAAAAUCUUUAUUUGAGGUCAAGCUUUAUCUGAAUUGGCAGCAUUAAAAUAUCACCCUCUGCAUAUUGCAUUUCCUUCUAUUUGUAGGUCUAGUUUAAUGGCGAGUGGUGACAGCCUGGGUUCUCUUCGGGUUAGCUUUUCGGUAACAAUUGAGUCUAGGAGAUUUGCCUAUUUUUGUCAGAUGACUUCUCACUGCCAAGCAGAGAACAAUCAGUCGAGCUGCAGCUGGGGAUAAAGUUAAGCAAAAGGGAAUGCUGACCACAUUUCUGUAGGACUCUGUCUUUCUUUCUUUCUUUCUUUCUCCACCUCUGUCUUUCUCUCUUCUUUUGCAAUUCUAUAGGGUUCAGUGCUGUGUAAGUACAGUAGUAUGUAUGACAAGCUUGGAUAACACUACCAUAGCGCUUAGUGGAGUUGGCUGACUGCCAGAGGAGUGAGCAACAGCGUGUGUGCGUGUGUAUGUGUGCAAAAGACCAGGGAGGGGGUUAUAGCCUGUAUCUCUUAGCCUAACUUGUGUGAGUGUGUGCUGGGACAAGAGAGGGAGUUACUUCAAUUGGGACACCAGGCUGUAUGAGUGCAGCGCUCUCCGAAAAACACUGACACACUGUUCAAGCACUCAAACGCCCACACUGAGCUGGAGAGGAGACCAUGUUCUGUCUGAGAGCUGUGUCCAGUUUAGAUGAGGAAAGCAAGUGGUCAGUGCAUUACACAGCACCCUGGCAUCAGCAGGAGAAUGUAUUCCUGCCAGGAAGCAGACCGCCAUGUGUGGAGGAACUGCACUGCCAGGCCAAGGUCAACCUAAAGACUGUCCUCAGAGAAUGCGACAAACUGAGGAAAGAUGGCUUUCGUAGUUCCCAGUACUACUCUCAAGGCCCAACAUUCUCCUCACCCCUCCUAUCUGAUGGUGAUGGGCAACUGGACCAAGAUGAAAUGGAGAAGAAAAAUAAGUCAUCAGAGACGUCAGCUGAAGAAGAGAAGCUGGUAUACUCCUUCAGGCCACAGACCCCUCUGCUGGAUAACACCAGUGAUAUAAACAACCAUGACAGCUGGAGUAAAUGUUUGCCUUUACCAACACCAGAGGAGAAGAUGAGGCAGCAAGCACAGUCUGUGACCACUGACCUUGUCCCCAUCAACAUCACAGGAGAGAACUUUGAUCGGCAGGCGAGUUUUCGUCGUACCAUAAUCAACACUGACACUAUAAUACGAAGGUCGAAGAGGGUGAAACGAAGGAAGACGAUAACAGGGGUUCCAGACAACAUCAAAAGAGAAUUAGCAAACAAUGGACAAACUGGCAACAGAACUCCGUCCAUGUACACAACAGGCCAAUACUCCACCCUUGGCCAUGUAGAGAGCAUUAACUCUUCUCUCAAGCAUUUAGUGACCCGUGACUCUGGCUGCCAGACAGACGACUUAAAGAUUGUACCCCCCUCAAUGCGUAGAAUCCGUUCACAGAGGGGCCAUGGCAUUACUACUCAAAUGGCAAACAUCUCUCUGUCAUCUUCUGGUAGCAUCUCCAACACGAGUGACUGCAAUGGUGCUAUCUGUACUCCUCAUCUUAAUGCCAAUGACCAAGGCUUUCACAGUCUGCCUCGUCAGGGUGCUCGAAUUUGUCUUCAAAAUCUCGAGGCCAAUUGCAGCAGUUCUCCAUACUUACUGGUCUCUGGCUCCACAAGCUCCUUACCCUACCAGGUUACCAUGCAACAUGCCAGCCCAGACACACAGCACAUGUCUGAUUUAAGAAAAAAUACAUCAUACAGUUCCAGUUCUGAUGAAUUUCAUUCUUUCCAGAAUCAAUGUCAUAAUGCAAAUUCAGACUACAUGGUUUCCAAUCACAGUAGUAGCACAUCCUCCUUGAAUGCUGGUAUUGUUUUGCAGAAUGCCAUAAACCUUAGUUCUGUCUACUCAUCACAAAGCUUUGACACAGAAGAGUCACCAUUACCUUCUAUAUCAGCUUGUCCCUCUGACCACCCGUUCAGUAGCAGUGGUACCUCUUGUUCUGCUAGCUCCUGCUGCCAGUCUCCAGCCUCCCUCCACAUGGCUACAGAGUCCCAAUGUAGUACCCUUGAUGGAAGGAACUGUAGUCCCAGUGGUGUCUGUGAAAACUCUGACAUCUCAGAGAGCAACAUUCAUUGCUGCAGCACACUGACCACUGAACAUUGGACAAUGAACCAGUGUACCUCAAGCUGUUCCUCAUCCAUCAGUAAUGUUUUUAAUAGUCUGGAACAUUCACCCAAAAAGACAGAUGCCACCACGUUGUUUCCUGUUGAUACCGAGAGAUGCUGUACUUCUAUGCAUUUGGCACCAGAUUGCAAAUCAUACAGUCAUGGUUGCAUCAACAAAGCAGGUAAUACAAUAUACAAUUUUUAUGAGUGCAGGGAGCACCACAGUCAAGAAGACCGUGCAAGCCUGCAUAGUAAUCAUUCUCUAACUCGCAGCAUUUCCCUGCGGAAAGCCAAAAAGCCCCCACUCCCUCCCAAAAGAACUGACUCAUUGCAACGCAAACCGCAGAGAAAACCAUACCACAACGAGAAGCUCCUUAAUGAACAACUGAUCUCCAAUCUCCAUGAAUCCCUGAAAAGUCAUAGUGCCUCAUUCUCUGGCAAGAUGCCCUUCAGUGGAUUAGAGGAUUCUUGGGUACUGGGUCCCAGAAGCCAGAGCUCAGUUAGUAUAGCAAGCAGUGGAAUGUCAGCACCAGCUGCUGUGUGUCCAACCACACCCACACACAGUGACAGCAGCAGUCAGCAUUCAGAAUACAAUGAGUCAUGGGACUUUCACAUGGAUUUUCCCCGCUCAUGCUCUGAACAUGGGCCAUCCUCUCAAAUUAUGAGGCCUGUACUUACCAAAGAGAAUUCAAGAGGCUCAGACAGUAAUGGAAUUCCAUUAACUGCCUGCAUCAAGACUGGGAUGAAUUCCAAUAUGGCUGCAUCGCCAGACAAAUUCCAACUUAUGACUUCACCAUCUAGUGGUUAUUCGAGUCAGUCCAUUACCCCAACUGCAGGUACCCCAGUAACAUCACUUCUGAGAGCCAAAUCUUCAGCAGGAAGGCCCAAACCAAAAGUCCCAGAGAGGAAGUCAUCACUGCGGUCCUCAGUUUCCUCUUACUCUACAACCCUGUCUUCAAACACAUCAGAUUCUGUCAAGAGCCUUCCAACACCUCCACCUCUGCCUAAAACAUUGCCUGGUUUAGUCACCCUUCAGUCUAAUUCAACUAGCCCUAUGCCCAGUUUUGUUACAUCCAGUGUAUCCCCAAUCACAGCAGUACCAUCUCCUUUGGCUAUAAGCUCUGCUUCUGAGGAAAAGCAAAGUUCUCCCCCAGGGUCAUAUACAAUACCAGAGGAAUUAAAUACCAGAGGAUGUAAAACAUCCAUAAGCUUUUGUCCUGACUCUCCUCCUCCUACAUCAGAAGUCUCUUCUCCUCCGAUGCUGAUUAAAAAUAAAAUGAGCCCUCUACCACUUCCACCACCUCCUCCACUUCCACUUUCAUCAAGUGUUCACAAGCAGCCUCUUACCCCACCUUUACCUGGGACAGGUCUUCAAGCAGUGACCAUUUUAAAAGCAACAAAUUCACCUAUAUCUUUGGAUAGAAUCAAAAAUGGAAAAGAACUAAACUCUGGGCAAUCUGACAAACAUGCAAGACAUGAGAGGCCAGUAAUUACUGCCCAAGCUCUUCAGAGGGUACAGCUCCGACCAAUAAAGCUUAUGAAAUUGGAAAAUAUUUUCACAGAUAUCAUUACAACAGUGUGUGGGCCAGAAAACCAAGAACAUAACAAGGAGCCCAGAACUAGUACAGACAAACCUGUAGAAAUAGAGAUAGUCAAAAAUGUUAAUAAAUCUGACUCUGUCCAUCCAGCUUCUGUUUUACUUGAACCAGUCAGAAAUACCCAUUCUAGUGAGAACAUUCUAGAGCUUUCACUUGACACUGGACCUCUAAGUACAACUCCUGCCUACUCCAAUGUUCUACAGUCCACACCUACUCCAUGUACAUCGAAUGGUACACUCCAGGAUCAGAGGUCUCUAAUAUCACCUAAAAAGUCCAAUCACUCUCUGAUUAUGCCACCUAUCUUGCACCAACCUGCUUUGAACGGCCUUGAACUUAGUGAAGUUACUGGCUCAGCAAUGUCUUUAGAGCCAGAGACCGUAAACAGUACAUCUCUGACAGACACUGUUAAUCAGCAGGAGAUUUCACUACAACUAGAGUUUGAAUUUGAGAUUGAUUCUCAGAAUUCUACUCCUGUGAGUCCAAGAAGACACUCACUCAGCAGUGACAUCUCCUCAGACAGUCUGACUGACCCUCAACUCACUCGCCUUACUCUCAGUGACCAAGACAUGGGAUUGUGUGAUAAAGCCCUUGCGCUAAAUGAUGAUAAAGGCAUUACAGAUGAUAGUUUAAGUAGCAGCUCAGGAUCGGUAAUCUUCAAAGAGGAAGAAAGUGACGAAAAUGAUGCUGUGUUUGACUCUGGAACAGAUAGCUCCUCUCCAACUUUCAGCAGUACCGGAGAAGAUAUUGAGGAAAUGUUGAUGCCUACACGUCCACGUACUACUGAUGACCUAUUUGCAGCCAUCCACAGGUCAAAGAGGAAGGUUCUGGGGCGUUGCGAGUCUGAGGAUGAACACUCCCGUGUUUUCAUUACCUCGCCACCAAUCACACCUACAAGUUCCAGCCCCAGCAUGACUUGGAUGCCCCGUCAGAGCAGCUACAUCCAGCGUAGGCUGCGCCGUUCCACCACCAGCAACGACAGCUUCAAAGCCCUGCUCCUGAAGAAGGGUAGCCGCUCAGAGCCUGGUUUCCGAAUGUCUGCAACGGAGAUGUUAAAAUGCACUGACCCUCGGCUACAGAGAUCCAAUGCAGAGGCCCCAAAUCCCUUUUCAGCUCAGUGCACCUCCCCAGGGAGAAGCAGGAAAGCAUCCGAGGAGUGGGCACGUACAGAAGGUGCCUUGCCUCGUCUUUCGCCCUCACUAACACACUCCAAAUAUGGGCGCUCCAGUACUCCACCUUGUGCUGCUAGCAGCCGGUAUAACUCCCGCAAUCGCAUCCCUAGUGGGCCCAUGACUGUGAUAUGCGAGAGGGAAGGGGAACUGACCGAGUCAAUAGAUUGCUGCAACAUUCCUUUCCCUGUGUCACUGUCCUCCAGUGGCUCAGUGUGCGCUCAGGGCAGCACUUAGACCAAAACUGUUCUAACCAACAUGGAGCUUCAUUUCAUCAACUAACAACCAAAGAAAAAUGGUUGUUCAUCCACUCACUACAGAGCACUAAAUUCUUGCUCGCUGCACACGCUUGUACUGGCCCACUGUAGCCGAAGAGAGGUAUGGGAAAGGGGAAGUGGAUUCUACCACUUUAUUUUCAUUCUUCUCCAUAGGAAGCCUUUUAAAUAUCACAUGCAAUUUCACUGCCUCACAAAAUAUAUCCUGAGGAUUACUGUUUUUUUUUUCCAUCUGUCUUCUCUUUUUGCAGGUUAGGAAAUGCAGGAUAAAUGUAAGUUUCCUUUUGGCAUGAUAAGAAGGAAGGAUUUAGCUGAAAUGAGAGGUUUUUUUUUUUUUUUUAGAUGGCUUGUUCAUGGUUAAUGGAUAUAUCUUGACCCAAUCAAGCUUGUGCUAGAAAUAAAAUAACAGCACAUCCUACCAACAUAAAAUGCAAGUUUAAAAAGGUUUGGGUCAGAAGCGAAAUGAUACGUUUGGGAGGGUCUAACCAUGAGAACACAAAUAGCUGUUAUAGUGAAGUUGUUGAGGAAAGUAUAUGGAGAUGUGUAUCUGCAAAAUCAGAUAAAAUAAGAGUUUUUGGAGGUAUUUAGAAAGACUGAAUGCAACAAUGUAGAUUUGCACUACAUUUCAAAUGCUAAUUUCUAUUGUGUCCAACAAUUUUCAGUGCAUAAAAAAUGUUUUGAAUGGGCACAUGUUCAACAAACAUUUUACCAAAAAAAACGAAAGGUAAAAUAUCACUAAGUACUCUAAUCUUCUGUACUUUACCAGUAUGAAAACUAUACAGGUGCUGAAAGCUCAAUAUCAUAAAUGGUGCAUACUCUGACUGCUUAGGUUAAAACAAAUAUAUUGCUAGUACUAGCGCUCAGUGAAAAUUUCUAUACUUUUGUAUUAAUGUUGCUUCAGAGGUACUGUGUAGUAUGGAAACUUUGAAGUGCAAAAGAAAUUAACAAAAACCACAGCAGGAUCACAAAGAACACAAAUGCAAAAGAAAUAAAGACAAUUCCAAAAACAAUAUGGAAUGCACAAGCACAACAAAUGGAAAGACCCAACUGCAAAUCCAAGAACAUAAGUUCAAAGAAAGAAAACACAACAGCAAAUCUGAAAAGCCUAUCUAAAACCACAAACAAAUCUGAAGACACAAUAGUAACUCAGGAAACAACAGCAGAAAUUCUUUAAAAAAAAAAAUAAAAAAAAAAUCAAGAGCUCUCUCACCAAAAAAGAUAGGAAAAUAAAAAGUACUGCUUAAUCACUCAUCAUUGACUUGUGUGCAUCGAUCAGAGUGAUCAAAUAUAAGAGUAAAUUAUUUGGUCACCUUCUGACAGAUGCACUUAUUGGUGACAGUAUUAGAUUAUAUGGCUGUCCUUUUAUUCAUCUUCAAUAACUACUUUAUUCUGGUCACAUACACACCUAGGGCAUGUUUUCAGGUGGUGGGAGAAAACUGGAAAUCCUGGAGGAAUCACAGAGUCAUCGGGAGAACAUGUUAAACUCCACACAGACAGGAACCUGACAGUAACUCACUGCACCAACAUGAAACUCUCUUAUGAAAGCACUUGAAGGAAAUAAGCACCAAUAUAAUAAGUGCAUCGACAGAAAUGCCCAAAUCUUUUACACUGAUAUUAGUUUUCAGUUAGCUUUUCUGAUUUGAGGACUGACUCGCUCUUUUUUUGGAGGAUUUGCCACUAUGAUUAAUUAUUAUUAUUAUUAUUAUUUUUAUUUUUUUUUGAUGCAGUGGUAUUACAUUGCUAAUUUAUUUUGCACUUCAUGGCUUUCACUUUAGAUUAGGGGUCCGGGAUCCUACGGCUCGUGAGCCAUAUAUAGCUAUUUCAGUGAUAAAAUAAUACAUAACAUAAAUAAUAAAUAAAAAUAAAAACAAUCCUGAAAGCCAGUGUGUCAAUACAAUUUAAACUUUACAUAUUUAAAAAUAUUACAUAAUUCAUAAUUGAUGCCCAUUGUCGUGUACACACCAACCACAAGAAGCUUAAAUUUCACUGGACAAAGAGGAGCAGAGUGGUAAUUUUCUGGUCUAAUUUCAUAAAUUGGUUGAAAACUACAUAGCCAUACUGUUUUCCGUUUUUAACAAAGAUGAAAUGGCUAAAAGUAAAAAAAAAAAAUUAUUAAAAAAAAAAUAAAAAAGACGACAAGUAUCAUUCCUUCCAGUCUGAAUGGACGGAUGAAUUUGUAUAUUUGAAAGUCACAUUAAUGGUAAGUAGUGUUCAAUUUGCUCUUACAUAUGUAUUACAUCUUAUAUUGAUUUACCAUUUGAUGAAACUAUCAUGGUUGGUUAAAUGAAGUCCAAGUGCCACCUACUAGGUGAAGUUAGGUCAAGAACACUCAAAAUGUGAAAUGGCCUUUAUUUCAUUACCACUUUUUAUAAUUAUGCAAUAAUAGUAAAGCUAAUAACUAUAAUAAUAAGAAAACAUAUAAAAUAUGUUAACCUUUCUCUGGCUCUUUAAAGAAAAAAAUCAUAACCACUUUUUUUUUUUUGCUUUUAUGGCUCUGCCAGCUGAGAAGGUUCCUCUGCAUUAGAGCAUAUUCUUUUUGUUCUAGUUCAAGGACUCAAGUUUACCAUAACUGCAAUAGUCUGAGAGCCGAGAAAUUAAAAUUGUUGGGGUGAAAUCUAUGACUAAGUCUUUUCACUGCAAUAAAGAUUGUUGACCAAUUUUCCUGUGAUGUUUUACUUGUACAGCAGUGGCCUCAAACUGCAUAUGAAAUUGAGAUAUAAUGUAAAUCAAGAUGCUAAAAUAUAAUAAAAUCUAAAUGCAUUUUAUUGUAAUAUACAUGUAGAUUAUAUUAAAGACCAACCAAAUAGGAACAUAAAGAGGCAGGAUUGAACAGAUUUUCUUCCACUGUAUUUACAGAAAUAACUGAUUAAAUGAAUGAGUCGCUCAUUAAUAAGUAUUGAUACCUGAAGAUGAUCAAUCACUGGCUUCACAGUAUUUAAGAACAGAUUGUGGGUCAUUGUCCAAGAGCUUUAAGAGACAUUGUCAAUAUUUCUGCAGUUGGUCAACACAGAAAAGAAGAAAUAAAUUGUCAGUUAUUUAACCCUUUCUAGUCCAAUGAUGACAUCAGAUAAGUAAGUUAUUAUAGUAAGUUAUUCAUAAAAUGAUUUAAUUACUGACAUUUUAUAAUAUUUCAUGUCUGCAUGCUGUCCCAAAAUAACAGUGACACCAUAUUGCAUCACUGGGUGUAGCAAGUCAUACAAUGCUUUGCAUCUUUCAACCCCUUGAAUCUCCACACACUAGCCCAUAAUAUUGAAAGGG